UAGGAUUCGCAGGAAGGGCGGAGUCGGAGAAGAAAUUACAGCCCCGUGAUUUUCAGAAUUCAAACACUGAUGUUCUAAUCAGUUUAUUUGUGUUAAUUUGUCGACUUUAAUUCUGGGGCCUCCAAAAAAAAAAAAAAAAGCGGGCCUAUCUCCGAAUCUCUGGAAGCCCGUUGCCAUGGCUCCGAGACGCCUUCCGCCAGCUACGCUUGCCACGUGACCAAGUAGUAAUAUGGCGGCGCCCAGGGAGUCCCAGUCCACGAGGAGUCCAGAACCGAUGGCAGCAGUCGCUGCUUCUGCAGCGGGCCCAGGGACUCGGGCUCCGGCAGCCCUGGCCCUGCGGGUGGUGGCCGAGUGCGGCCGCAGCAAGGCGCGGGCGUGCGAGCUGCGCCUGCCCCACGGCACUGUGGCCACGCCGGUAUUUAUGCCCGUGGGAACACAAGGGACCAUGAAGGGAGUCACGGCGGCGCAGCUGGACAGCUUGGGUUGCCGCAUCUGUCUGGGCAACACGUACCACCUGGGCAUGAGGCCGGGUCCUGAGCUCAUACAGAAGGCAGGUGGGCUGCAUGGCUUUAUGAACUGGAACCAAAACUUGCUCACGGACAGUGGUGGCUUCCAAAUGGUGUCUCUGCUGGCUCUGUCUGAGGUGACAGAGGAAGGAGUGCGAUUCCGUUCCCCAUAUGAUGGUACCGAGAUCCUGCUGAGCCCAGAGAAGUCCGUGGAAAUUCAGAAUGCGCUGGGCUCAGACAUCAUGAUGCAGCUGGAUGACGUGGUCAGCAGCACUCUGACGGGCUCUCGAGUGGAGGAAGCCAUGCACAGGUCCAUCCGCUGGCUAGACCGGUGCAUCUCAGCUAAUCGGCGACCUGACCAACAAAAUCUAUUUGCCAUCAUUCAGGGUGGCCUGGACCCUGUUUUGCGGAGCAAAUGCCUUGAAGAGAUGACCAAGAGGGAUGUGCCGGGCUUUGCCAUUGGGGGACUGAGUGGGGGUGAGAGUAAGGAGCAGUUCUGGAAGAUGGUGACACUGAGCACAGACCAGCUGCCUCGAGAGAAGCCACGCUAUCUUAUGGGUGUGGGCUAUGCUACUGAUCUGGUGGUCUGUGUUGCCCUGGGCUGUGACAUGUUUGACUGUGUCUUCCCCACGCGCACGGCGCGCUUUGGGUCUGCCCUUGUCCCCACGGGGAACCUCCAGCUGAAGAAGAAGCAGUUUGCAAAGGAUUUCCAGCCCAUUGAUGAGGCUUGUACAUGCCCCACCUGUCAAAGGCACACCCGGGCCUUCCUCCAUGCUUUACUGCACAGCAACAACACAGCUGCCUUGCAUCAUGUCACCACACACAACAUCGCCUACCAGCUGCGGCUGAUGGAUGCUAUCCGGACCAGCAUCAUGGAGCACCGUUUCCCAGACUUUGUUCGGGACUUCAUGAAGACCAUGUAUGGGGACCUCGGGCGCUGCCCAUCCUGGGCUGUAGAGGCCCUGGAGUCAGUUGGCAUCCCUUUAAACUGACCACCUAUCCCAGUCCCCAAGCAGAGCCUUACCCUUGAUCUGAGGGGGCUCCAGGGACAAAAGCCAAGGCUGUAUGUGAAAAAGGAGUCUCUGUGUGUUGGCCCAGGCCCAGAGUAAAGAUUG